AUGGCAACCAAAGAAAUCACUCUCAAGAGUGGCUAUAGGUGGACUAAGCUGUUCGACUACGAGAAUGGUAAAGGUGUUACAACCAAGGAAACCCGCAGAUACAAAUGGAAAAAGUCCCUUAUAAAGAAGAAUUUUGUUGAAGCGAGCAGUAACGAAGCAAAGAAGAUAUCACACAGCGCGGGUGCCAAGGCAGAGGCCAGCGUAGCGUGGGGAGUUGUUUCUGCAUCCGUCAGUGCCAACUAUGACUUUUCGUCUGAGGUCAACCAAACUCUGGAUCAUGUCUCAAAGAACGACUCCGAGGAGACGUAUGAAAUUGAAGAGGAGAUAUCCCGGGAAUUUGUGGUUCAACCAAUGGGAAGGAUUGUUUGCUACCAGUUGCAAUUCACCGGACCUGGUAUCAACAUCCAGCCCAAUAUUGUCACUACGCGCCCCAAGCCCGAUCCUCAGCUAGAACAGUUCAUUGCUGUUGAAAUUGGAUGCGUCUUGAAAGAAAUAAAAUUCCUCAAGGACAUCAAGGUUGUCACCGGCCGACGAGAAAUGGACACCCCCGAUGACCACAUGCCAGUCCUUUGGGGUGAAAGUCCUGAUGUCAAUAAAGGCUUUCCUGAAUCUAACUUUGUCUGGUUUAUUCCCUCGUACAGUACCAGCACGGCAGAUAAAGACACUGCCACCGCUAUUUCCUACGUCAAGACAAAGUCUCAGGAUACGAGCAUUAAUGACUUCUCUUCUGGAGACGGCAAAGAGUACUUUCGGUAUCUGCGAUUGGAGAGAAACAUUCACAUACGCGAGAAGAUUAUCAAUGUUAAGAUGGCUCGUACAAGUUACAGACUCGGUCUGAAAGAUGCCAGGGAUUGGGGAUGGGACGGUAUUAGUCAAGAUUUAAAUGAAGACCGAGGAGGGGAAUAUCUGUAUCUUCUCUGGGACACGAGAAAUGUCGAUUUGGUUGCAAGGGUUUGA